AGAAGGCCGCUUCCGGGGGCCGACCCGUUGCUCCAACGACAGAGCUACUGGCCCGUGGUGCGCGGGGAGGGAGUUCCCGACGUGCUGCGCGUCGCCAUGGCUUUGGUGGUGCGGCCGCGUGUGCCGCUGGCGCUGUGGAUGCUGGUGUUGGUUCGGUCCAGCUUGGAAGCAGCGGACGGCGGGGGGUGGCGGCAGACUUGGCCCGGGACAGACGUGGCUUUGGUGGAGGAGCGCUGCACCGUGGAGCGCAGAUCCGAUCUCACCUACACAGAAUUCAUACAGCACUAUGCUUUCCUCAGGCCUGUCAUCCUUCAGGGACUCACGGACAACUCGAAGUUCCGGUCCCUGUGCUCUAGAGAGAGUCUGUUGACCACCUUUGGGGACAACGUGGUUCGGCUGAGCACUGCCAACACCUACUCUUACCAGAAAGUGGACCUGCCCUUCCAGCAAUAUGUGGAGCAGCUGCUGUAUCCUCAAGACCCUGCUUCUCUAGGCAACGACACUCUGUACUUUUUUGGGGACAACAACUUCACGGAGUGGGCAUCACUAUUCCGACACUACUCCCCACCCCCAUUUCAUUUGCUGGGAACCACAGCCGCUUAUAGCUUUGGAAUCGCAGGAGCUGGCUCUGGGGUCCCCUUCCACUGGCAUGGGCCUGGGUUCUCUGAAGUGAUCUACGGCCGUAAGCACUGGUUCCUUUACCCACCUGAAAAGAUACCCAAGUUCCACCCCAACAAGACUACACUGACUUGGCUUCGGGAUACAUAUCCAGCCCUGGCACCAUCUGAAAAACCCCUGGAGUGUACCAUUGAGGCUGGUGAGGUGCUGUAUUUCCCUGACCGAUGGUGGCAUGCCACACUCAAUCUUGACACCAGUGUCUUCAUCUCCACCUUCCUUGGCUAGUCAGAACAGGCAGCUGGCAGGCACACACACACCAGGAUGUCCCCAUGUACUGGUCACAAACUUUAUUACAGGAACAGUGGCAGGAGUGGCACCUUCAACCCAACCCACCCCCAUCUGCUUUUCCGGCCCAGAAAAAAGAUGAAAAGGCUCACAGACCAGCAGAAGGCUAUGUUGAGAGGGAAGCAGUCCAGGGCCCACCAGCAGAACUGAUGGGGGCAGGCACAUUGACAAAAAUUAUAUACAGGAACUAGGGCUUCUGCCUCUGGACCCUACAGAGCCAAGGUAUCAGGCAAGGUGAAGCAGUGGGCCUCAGUAGUCCUCCACCCAGCCAUUCUCAGAGAUGAAUGCAUCGAUGACCUCCUUCAUGGCCAGGUUGGGGAUGAGCUGUUCCUGGGUCAAGGGGCUCCGUGUCACAGGGUCAAAGUGGCCCACACGCUGCAGUGACAACAAGGUCAGAGUGCUCUGUGUGCCAGUGUGUGCCUCCAGCCCUGGUUUUGAAGCUCAUAAGCCCUUACCUGCAGAUGCUCCUCAAUGUCCUUACGGUCAUAGGUGAUGCCACUUGGUGUGAUACAAGGUUCCCUCAUCAGCUCGAAGCUGAUCUUGCCACACAGAUAGUCAGGAAUAUCUCGCUUCUAUAGCACACAGGGACAGUGUAAGGGCCCAGGAAAGGAACUCUGCUUCACUUGCUACUUACAGCCUUCAGAGAAGAUGCUCACCUUUCUCUUUUCAUCUACCUGAGAGAAGAGCUCAUCCAUGUCUGCCAUGUACUUGUCCUGCAAAGAAUUGAAUACUGUGUGUGGGCCACUUGAAUAUUCUUCAUGCUUAAGAGACAUACCAACAUGAACCAGGGGCACUGUUAUCAUGUCACACAUGGGGAAAGUCACAUGUGAGUGAGGGCACCCUCAGUUACAUGCACACACACACACAGACCCUCAUGUGGGCCUAGGGCACCCUCACGUGCUUGGCCUCAAUGCAGGCCUGCUGGGCUCGGAUAUGGCCAUCAUCCUCGUCACCCUCGUGAUUUCGCUGACACUCUUCCAGCUCCCUGAGGAUUGACCAGGAGCUAGUCAGAGGUGAACCUGGCCAUGAGAUCAGAGCCUACUCCCACCUCAAGCCUCUUCCCUGUCAGCUUCCUGUCUACCCAUGUCAGCCUUUCAAUAAACACUUGUGUUGGUGACUCAGCUUAA